AUGGUGAUGCAGACGUGGUAUUACGAGCAAGGUAAUGACUCUCUUCCGUUCUCAGAGGAAUGCUCAGAGGAUCUCGAAAGGCGAUUCGGCGAAUGGGAGCAGCGCAACUAUGCUGAGGAUCACGAAGUUUGGGAGAUCAAGUCCGGAAAGUUCACCUACUUCGUCGAUUUCCGGCAGAUGACCCAAGAAAAUGCAUCAACAGGUAAAGUGAGACGCAUCCAGCGCAGGCUGAACGCACAGGGGCAGCAAAUGGAUGCACUUUCAAAGCAGCUCAAGGCUGUUAGUGCAGAGAAACGGCGCUACAAGGAUGCUUACAUGGAGGCUACUGAUUCUCGGGCCAAGUUGGACAAGCAACUUGCAGAGCUCACUUCUGAGCUGAAGUCGAGUCAGUCCAAGGCCUCCAAGCUAAGCCGGCAAGUGUCCGGCCUGGAGGCACAGCAUGCUGUAGCAGUGCAAGAGUGUGCUGCGCUGCGCCGCCACAAGCAGAAGUUUGCAGAGCAUGAGGUAUGGCAGUUCAUGAACCACGUGGAUAGCUGGCAGCCCUACCCAGCAGAGCUAGCUGAGACGGUGAACCGUCUUUAUCAGCAGUGGCAAAUGGACGACCAUCAAGAGCGGCAGACCAAAGUCUACACCCUCAAAGAGGACCGCUGGGAGCUAGACUUCGGCCGGAUGAAGCAGAGGAACGUGCGUAGCAACAAUGAACGUGACAUCAGGUUGGUUUCUGUGAGCUUCACCCCUGACAAGGUCCUCGAGCUUCAGAACAACGUCUCAAGACUUCAACAAGAGCUGAUAGAUAAGGAAAGUAGUGAACGACAGCUCAUGGCGACAAGCGACCAGCUUCGCUCUCAGCUUCAGGCACAGCAAGUGCGAGCAGCAGACCAAGCCUCACAUGGUGCAGAGGAAGCUGCAAAAUUGAAGCAGGUGGUGGAGGCGCUUCGUGGUGAAUUGGGUGCUGCCCGUGAAGGACAGCAUUCCGCAGAAAACGAGCGCGAGGAGCUCAGGCAGCAGCUAGCCGCGCUAGCUCAACGGGAUGAGAUGCUUCGCCAGAGUGAGGUGGAGCUACAAAUCCAAAAAGAAGCAAGACAGGCUGAGAAGGCUCGACACUUGGAGGAGCUUUCGAAAAAGGAACAGCAGCUCACACUCAUGCAAGAGAGCAAGCAUCAGGUUGAGGACCAGCUUAAAAAGCUGAGGAAGGAAUUCAAAGAGUUGAUGGCCGCGAUGAAGAAUUGCCAGGUGGAGGUGGCGGCGAAACAGAAGCUUGUAGAUGACACGCAGAAAGCAAUGCAGAAGAAGGACGACGAGCUUGCAAAAAGGGUAAACCGGGUAAACGAGAAGAAGCAGCAAGUUCGGCAGUGCAUGACUGAGGAGUUCCUGAAGCAGUUCGUAUUACAGCACAUCAGCAAAUUGCACUUGCUGGAGACUGCGUCCGAGUAUGGACGCAUGGAAGAGGCUCAGGUCGAGGAAUUGCUGAGAAAGACGGUUGAAUCUGAGAAGGACUUGGACAAAGUCAUGGCAAGCUGGGUCCAGAAAGCCAGGUCUUGGAGACAGUCCCUGACCGUGAGCCCGCAGAUGUUGCAGCUGUUCGGAGACCUAGAUGCAUCUACCCCUUGGAAGGCACAAGAACUCGACAAAGACUCGGCGGAUUGGCAUCUUGUUGACUUCAUGUUCCAAUCCUCACUAGCUCCUUCUCGCUUGUUUUACAAUUCCGAGGAGUGGUGCGAGAAAGCGGAACUGGAAAUUGUUAGCAUCAGCUUCGUUGAGUCUCCUGAGGACUUGCGCAAGAAGUACGAUGCAGAGUGUCAGCGCAUGCGCAACAAGGCGAAGACAACCCCGUUGUGUGAGCCUCCUUUUGGCAACCGCCAAGUGUGGCGCCCGCAGACCUCAACAGAGGACAUCAACGAGGUGCUAGUGUUCCAUGGAACCCCAUGGGACAGUGUGGAGAGCAUACGCACCAAAGGCUUCGAAUGGCAAAGAGCAGGUGAGAACAAAGGCUCAUCUUUUGGCCGUGCUGUUUACUUUGCGCCGAACGCUAGCAAAUGCGACCUCUACUCGAGCGAAGAUUCAGAUGGUCGCAAGGUCAUGUUCCUUGCGCGAGUGGUCUUGGGCUCAUGUUUCCCAAGACACAGGUAUUGUGCUGAAGUCAAACAGCCGCCAAAAGAUUUCAAUUCCAUUGUUGCAGUUACCAAAGAUUGUUAUGGUGCUGUGGACCAUCCGGAAGUUGCAGUCUUUCAGAAAGCUGCAUGUCUACCAGUUGCUUUGAUCAUCUACAAACACAAGAAGCCAACUUGCCAGUGCACGCUGUGCCGCCGUGAGCAGGAGAGGGCAUGA